UCCAGUAGCUGGUCAUUCAUCUCCAUAGCCGCCAUAUUUCAGGGAAAAUAACGUUUCAAAACUCAAGUCAAACUAGGGAAACGUUUUCUGCGCCCCGGGUUUGCUGUGCGCUCACAGUUCCUGGUGGGUUCGGACGCAUAGCCCCACUCAGACGCCUUGUGACAGAAACAAGCCUCCGCAUCUGGGAAGAGUGAACAAUCUUCUCCUCGCCUCGUAACGAGAUUUGAAGCCUCUCCCUUUAUCAAACCAACGGACAUCGUCGGAUACCAACGAUUUAUAAUGACACUUUAAGUCACCCUCUUACCGCGCGCUGGUGUGUGCUGUCUCUGGUAUUAUUUUUCAUUUUCACACUGAGGGCGAAAAGGGGGGAAACAGACAACUCGUACAUCUCCAAGUUUUCGGGUUGUCGGUCGCAGUGGAGGGAGCGAGAGGCGAUGGCAGACCCGGUGACAGCAGCGCUCGCUCUCCUGGUUCUCACCUUGGCAACUGCCUUGGGUGCGGAGAUAGAGGAGCGACUGGUGACCCACCUGCUGUCUCCAGAGCGCUACAACAAACUGAUCAGACCUGCUGUCAACAAGAGCCAACAGGUCACCAUCCAUAUACAGGUGUCCCUAGCCCAGCUCAUUAAUGUGAAUGAAAGAGAACAGAUCAUGACCACCAACUGCUGGCUGACUCAGGUAUGGAAUGACUACAGGUUGGUGUGGGACCCAGAAGAGUAUGAGGGCAUUAAGAAGGUUCGCCUCCCGUCUCAACACAUCUGGCUGCCUGACAUCGUCCUCUACAACAAUGCGGAUGGGAACUACGAGGUGUCAUUCUACUCCAACGCGUUGGUCUCCAACAAUGGAGAGGUGUACUGGCUGCCCCCCGCCAUCUACAAGUCGGCCUGCAAGAUCGAGGUCCGCGACUUCCCCUUCGACCAGCAGAACUGCACGCUCAAGUUCCGGUCCUGGACCUACGACCACACGGAGAUCGACCUGAUCCUGCUCAGCGACUUCGCCAGCCGCGACGACUUCAAGCCCAGUGGCGAGUGGGACAUCGUGUCUCUGCCGGGACGCAAGAACGAAGACCCCUCUGACAUCACCUACCUGGACAUUACCUAUGACUUCAUCAUCAAGCGCAAGCCACUGUUCUACACCAUCAACCUCAUCAUCCCCUGUGUGCUGAUCACCUCUCUGGCCAUUCUGGUGUUCUACCUGCCGUCUGACUGUGGAGAGAAGAUGACUCUCUGUAUCUCGGUCCUCCUGGCCCUCACUGUGUUCCUGCUGCUGAUCUCCAAGAUCGUCCCGCCUACGUCCCUGGCUGUCCCUCUCAUAGGGAAGUAUCUGAUGUUUGCCAUGGUGCUGGUCACCUUCUCCAUCGUCACCAGUGUGUGUGUGCUCAACGUGCACCACCGCACGCCCUCCACACACACCAUGCCCCGCUGGGUUAAACGCCUCUUCCUGCACCGCCUCCCCUCCUUCCUGUUCAUGCGUCGGCCGGGCAGCUCCAACAUCCGGGAGAGGUUCCGCCAGAAGCACCAGCGGCGUUCCUACUCCGACCUGAAGCUGAGAGACGGGGCGGUGGCCGCGGGGGGGAUGGGGGUGGCAGGGGGGUCUGGGAUGGGUAGCGCUGACUCCUUCUAUGUGAAUGAGGAGUCGGCCAAGCGGUACGGCUGGAAGAUCAGUGACCUGUCAGAGAAUACAGAGUUCAGGAAGAGGAUGACGGUGAAGUGUCACGCAGAUGUGGAGGAGGCAGUGGACGGGGUGCGCUACGUCGCCGAGAAGAUGAAGAUCGAGGAUAACGAUGAGGGGGUCAUCGAGGACUGGAAGUACGUUGCCAUGGUGAUAGACCGGCUGUUCCUGUGGAUAUUUGUGUUUGUGUGCAUCACCGGGACGUUGGGGCUGUUCAUGCAGCCCCUCUUUCAGAGCUACAACACACCCACGGCAGAUGACCUGGAGCAGAACUGACCUACGACCUUUGACCUGAAACAUGACCCUGACGCCCCCCCCAACACCCUCAUGGGGAAAAAACACCUCGAGGGAAACAGCUACUUACCAACACCUUGAAACAGAACUGUGUCAUUUUGACACACUCACAUACUGUACGCACACAGCACACCCGCCCCCACAACACCAACCAACGCCCCUCAUCCUCCCUCUUAAAGGGAUAGUUCAUCCAAAUUACAAAAUGACACAUUGGUUUCCUUACCUUGUAAACAGUCUGUGGACAAGGUAUGACAGCAAUCCAUU